AUGCUCGGCUCAUUCGCCUCCCUCGCAGGCGCCUUAGGCCUCUUCAUGGCUGCAUCCGUCAACGCCCAGGAGCCAUGCGGCGGUACCGUAUACAACGGCACGGGCACCUUCACUGUCAAGAACUAUGGCACGGAAUACACCGUGUUGACCAUGUUUGGAGCCAACAAUAACCCGGGUUCAGAGGACUACCUACUCUACUGUGGAGACAUUCCCGCUCCCCAAGGACAGGCUAUUCUAGACAUGGGAGUCUCUUCUAACGUAAAGAAGUUCAAGGUCCCAGUCACUUCUGUCUUGGUCUCAGGCACCUUCACCAGCUCAUAUGUCGAGCUUGCAGGAGGGCAAAAAAAUAUCCGUGUGCUGGAGAACCCCCAGAAUAUUGUCUCGCCUUGUCUUCAGGAAGAGUUUAAGAAUACCUCCAUCGUUCCUCUCAACAGCGCCAUCUUCAACCAGUACCUUACUGUCGACGUUGGUUUCCGUGAAAACAAAGAUCCCGGCCAGAUAAAGGACGUCUGGGUGCCAAUGUCAAUCGAAGUUGCACCUCUUCUAAGAGCCCAAUACAUCAAUGCCGUCUCGCUGUUCUUCAACAGCGGCUCCCAAGCCUUGAUCACCUACAACACAAUCAUAGGAACAUACAACCAACUCAAGAUCGACAUGAGUGGAAUCCCUAACGAGAACAAGAUGCGCAUCGGCUGGGUUAAGUACGACUUUGGAAACAAAACCUGGAAGCUUCGCAACACUGAGUUCACUCGAGGAAUCAUUACCGAUGCAGGUGGUAUCCCGUUUCCUUUGGUUGGAGAUGGCGUUACCAGCGAACCCGACAUCUCUCCCACUGACUUCAAGAUCUUAAUGACAAACGCCGAUAUUAUCAUCGACCAAACCGAAUUUCCCGCUGAUGGCAAAGGAAACUACACCUCACUUUUCGGGCGUUGGCGUGCCUUGGCUGGCUUCACUGGAACUGAUUUUAUCCCUCGUGUUUUGGAUUUGCAUAAGGUCUAUUCUCUCGACAACACAGUUAACCAGAUCGGUAUCAGUGAUUACCAGUACCGCAUGCCUUCCCGCCCUGAUCUAUUGCUGAGAGAUGUGAUCGCAGUCCAGUACCCAGAAUACAACAAGGGCUACAGGACCCGUUUCCUCAACGGAAAUUUCCAGUAUGGAGGAGCUCCAGACUUCACAUUGGGACCAGCCAACUGCACUACUACGCCGAUGCAAUACAACUCUGGAGACAUUACAACCUCGAAUCCGAAUCCUUUAUUUACCGGACUCCCGACACCACCACCACCAGUAGUCGGUGGAGGCAUAUACGGAAUUGGCGGACCCACACAAGGAGACGGGACCAGUGGUAGUGGUAAAAGCAAAACAACCAGCGUCGUCAUUGCUGUCGUCUGCGUUGCUGCUGUCUUGGGCGCGGCAUUCGCCUUCGCCUUUUACAAGUGGAGCCGUCGUGCCAAGGAGGACCGCUUCAUCGAGCUGGAAGAGGAGAUGAAUAACGAGAUUCCUCUCAGCUAA